AUGUUAGCCAAGCAAUUCAUCUCCACCAGUCUCAGGGCGAUCAAGAGCAGCGCACCCACAGUGAGCCGCCAAUCGAGCCGAGUGAGCGUCCUGAACAGAUCCUUCCAAUCGGUCCGAUCUCUCGCCGGCCCCACCAGUUCGCUCAGAUCCCUCUCAUCCACCCCGCUCCGAUCCGACGAAGACCCCAGCCACUCCCAACAGGACCAGCCCGUGUCCACCAACCCUCAAGCACAGGCUCUCGCUACUGCCGACCUCCCCGCCGUCUAUCUCAGCAAUCUCUCCUUUGCUGUCACCGAGGAAGCCCUCACUGACUUCUUGAAACAGUGUACCCCCGUCAAGAAGGUCGAUGUUGUUCGUAAUAGUGAUGGUGCCGUCAGAGGGUUUGGGUUUGCCAAAUAUGCUACUUUAGCUGAGGCUGAGGCAGCCGUCACAGCGAUCAACGGCUUGGACUUCCUAGGCCGACAGAUCGUCGCCGCGAUCUCGCAACGCCGGCCGAUGAUCUCGGAUGCGUCGAACCAACUAUUCAUGUCGGGAUUCCCCACGCAAGGGGAGGCGGAUGAGGCGAGCUUGCGAUUAGCGUUACACGAGCGUCUAGGAGUCCAACCGCGGGCGAUCCGUCUGCACAAGUUCCCAGGUGGGUUCUUGAAGGGUACUGGACACCUAGAGUUCGAAGAUGUAGCGACGCUCGAAAGCGCACUUGCCAAGCUCCAGGACACCGCCGCCGACCAGCCCAUCCUCGUCAACGGUCACCCGAUCACCCUCGUCAAGGCCCGGCCCCUCUUGCAGCCCCGAUCCCGCUCCGGCCCCGGCUCCGACAAUGGCGCCGGACGUGGCGGCUUUGGCGCCAUGCGUGGCCGCCCCGGCUACGGUGCUGGCUACGCUGGCGCUGGCUAUGGCGGCUACCCCGCCGCCCCUGCCGAUGGAUACUCCGGCCAGAUGGGUGGUUACCCGAACCAAGGAUAUGGCAAUGCCUACUAUCCUCCCCCUCCCACAGGUCCCCCAGGCUCGGGCGGAUACGGCGGCGGCUACGGAUCCCAAGGUGAAGGCGGCCAAGGUGGCGGAAACCCUCAAUACUGA